AUGGUUCUGUGAAGGAAAAGAACUCCAGAAUUCCCCUGACAUUCAGAUCCGUUCUGAAAGUGGAGGACUCCAUUCACUAAUUAUAGCAGAAGCCUUUGAAGACGACACUGGACGCUAUACUUGUCUGGCCUCUAAUUUCAUUGGUUCAGAUAGUACAUCAGCUGAAAUAUUCAUUGAAGGUGCCAGUUCUACAGAUUCAGAGGGUGAAAGUUUAAUUUUCAAAUCAAAAUCUGGAGCUAUGCCACAGGCCCAAAAGAAAACCACCUCUGUUUCCCUGACAAUAGGAUCUUCUACACCAAAAUCUGGAAUCACCACAGCUGUAAUUCAACCUAUCUCUGUGCCCAGUCAGCAGAUUCAAAGUCCUACUUCAUACCUGUACCGUCUGGAUGGACCCAAGCCUAUCUAUUCUACACCAAUUUUUACAAAGGAGCUACAGAACUCCACAGCAUCUGAGGGACAAGUUGUGGUAUUGGAAUGCAGGGUCAGAGGACCCCCUCCCAUUCAUGUUAAGUGGUUUCGACAGGGCAUUGAAAUUCAAGAUUCUCCAGACUUCAGAAUUCUCCAAAAAAAAGAGAUAUGCACCCUUGUAAUUGCAGAAACUUUUCCUGAAGAUUCAGGAAUUUUCACAUGCACAGCAACAAAUGAACAUGGUUCAGUAACAAGCAGUGCACAACUCACUGUCUGCUCAGCCAACUCGGAAAGCUCUAGUCAUGAAUCACUGACAAGAGAAUCCAACAAUGAUGAUUUCCUUCAUUUCUCACCACUUCCUCCAGUUGAAAUUAGCUCUCUUGAGUUUCCUUCUAAGAAACAUACAGAGACCCACCAAGCAAACAACACUGAGUUGAGAUCUGGUGUGACAGACCUUCAACUACAACUCAACUCAUCCGAGGAAAAAACAAAUGGCAUCCAUCCUGUUCAUGGAGUAAAUGGAAUGCUUAGCAGCAAGCCAAAUGGUGAUAAAUCCAUCCCACCUCCAGCUGUCUUGCUUUCACCCACAAAGGAGCCACCACCUGUGCUUGCCAAACCAAAGCU